AUGUAAUUGAAAAUUGUUAUAGGCAAGUUCACCCAAAUUACAUUUUAACACAAGAUAUCAUUAAAAAUCAAUCGAAAUUAUAAUCAAAAGGCUAAACCCUAAAUUCUAUAUUCAAUCAAAUUUAAAUUUUAUUAUGAAUCUUAAACAGGAAACAUUUGGUUUGUCAAACUUGGAAUAUUGAUAAUGAUAUCUCCAUUUUAAAUAAUGAAUUAAUCAAGUAUAGACUAUUUAACAAUUAAAUACUUUAUUAACAGGUUUUAAUAUGUUAUAAUUUCAGAAUUCUUUUAUAAAGAAUAUUACAUCUUCAUAUGA